AUGCUUAAACUGGUCGUUAUUGCGGUUGUUGUCGGGAUUUCAUUUGCCUCACCAGCGAAGAGUCGAGUUGAUGAAGAGAAUUGUCCAUUUAAUGAUGAGGGUUUCAAUGGUCAGUGUUACUACUUUAACGCAAACUCGAUGAACUUUGAGGAUGCGAAUACUGCGUGCAAAGCGCUUAACCAUGAGUUUGUCACGAUUUUGGGGCAAAAAGUUCAAAACUUCAUCAACUAUCACGCGUACGGUCUUCAAUCGUGGAUCGGCAUUCGUCUUGUAAACGGAGAUUGGCAAUGGAAUAGCAAUGGAGAGAUUGUUAAGCCAACUUUCACCAAUUGGGAGAAUCAAAAAGUGCCGACUGAUCCAGCUAAGGCUUGUGCGAUCAUUGAUGGAUCGAAGAAUGGAGUGUGGAGAGCUGUCUCGUGCACUGACAUGAACUGGUCGAUUUGUCAAAUGGCGGCUCCUCAA